CUUUCUCAACAUUCCAACAUGGCGUUCAACGUUAUGACUUCCGCUUUAGAGUCUGAAGUGUACUGGUCCUUAAAAAAUGAAGUUUUAAUAGAACUGAGGGAACUGCUUGUUGACAAAUUGCAAUAUGAGAAAACUUUGGACUAUCUGAGGUCUAAGCGAGUAUUUGAUCGAGCGGACUGCGAUGAAAUUGAAGCAGAGAGAACUCCAACCAAGAAACGAGCAAAAUUCUUGGACAUUCUGGGCGAUAAAGGUCCCACUGCUUUUGACCAGUUGUGUUUUGCUAUUCAGAAGAAGUGCAAGGGACAAGAAUAUUUAUUAGACAUUAUCCUCACCACUUUUGAUAGGAAGAAACAAGAGCGAAGUAAGCCUCUUUACAAAUUUUAAACAUAUUUUAAACUUCCGUUUUAAUUAUAACGUAUAAGCUGAUUAUAGUAGGCAAUAUUUUUUUUGUGGUAGUUAAGUGUCACUUCUAAAGCUUUAAUCUAAAUUGAUUAACUAUAACUGGUACUCAAUGAAUUGAUUUAGUGAAAAUGAUAUCAAAUUCUGAUAUCAUCCCUUUAAAACUAGGAAUAAAUUACACGACUGUUCAAGUUCUCUUUUCAACUUAGCUGAGUUUAUUUAGCCAAGGUUAAAUAAGGGACACGUUAUUAAGAACACUUCCUUUUUUUCCAAGUUUGAUGGUAACCAAAAUUUACUCGAAAAAUUUUGGCUUGAUUUCCCUUGAAUUGGACUCCACUCAGUCCAGUGUUACCAUUAUUGACAUAAGCUUAAAAUUUUUCAAUUUUCAAUGAGUUAACUGAUGCAAUAAAUGCUACGUUUUUGACUUAUUAGGGGCUCUUUUAUUGAUUAAUGUCUCCAUGUCCCUGGGUUGAGGAAAACCUUAUGCAUUGAUGUGGCCAAGUGUGACAGAAUUUAGAGCAUAAGCUCCCAUCUGUUAACCUGUGUGAGCCUAAUCAUAAGUGAGCCCACUCUGUCCAGUUCAAGUACAUGUAUAUUCAAGAACCACAGGCAUUUUGUCCCAAUUGGAGAAAAUAUUUAUUACUUUGCAGGUUUUAAAGAGCUACCUCCCACAGAACCACCUGAUUUAGAUGGAGGCUUAUCUCCCCCAUGUGAUGAUCCAAAGCUUGUUGUUAUGGUAACAGGUUUAGCUCCAGAUACAUGUGAAGUAGAUUUAAACAAUUUACCAGGACCUGGAGAUCCUGGGGCUCCAAUUCCACCAGAUGAGAUAGAACCUACACAUGAUCAACAACCAGGUAAUCUUGCUAGACAGGACUUUUGCAGUGGGACUUUUCAGUAGACCCUGUUUCACUAGAGCAAACAUAGUCAAUUGAGCAGAAAGAGCUUGAUAUAGAGAAAUAUGUUUUCUGUCUUAUCACAAGCGUGGGACAAAAAAAAAUUCUGAGUCCCUAAGAGGGAGGUCAAUUCUGCACUCCAAUGCUCUGCUACUGAGCUACAGAGACUCUGUGGUGAGUGAGGCCCAUUACGAAGUUCAUAUAUGACAUGUCCUGCAUACUGCUAUGAUCAGUGAUGUGACAAUAGCAUCAUCUUUGUAAAUAGAUUACGUAAGAAAAAUGAUAAGUUUAGUGCUCAGUAAAGGAAUAGAUAAAUUUAUUAACUUUAGAGAUGAGAAUGUGAUGUGAAUGCAUUGUCCUUAAAAAAAAAAAAAAAUCCAAAGACUCUUCAUUCACCUUUAAUUUGACAAAUAACUUGAAGAAACCCUUCCUUAUAAAACCUGGUACUGAAUGAUACACACAGCCUUGACUUCCGUCUCAUACCAAUACAAAAUUACUGACCUAUUUCCAAACCCUUACCUGAAAACUUGCUCUAUUAUGCCUUGACUGACACAUUUCCUAAUAAUUUACAGAAUAGUAUAGGCACAAACCAAUAAAAGAAAAGAGAAGUCUUUGCAUAGAAUCAUAUUUCCCUAAAAAAAGUCCCAUUCAGAAGGUGGAGCUUUUUAAAAGAGUUUGUGUGAGACAGCCAUAACUCUUCGGGGCACCUUCAAAAUUUUUGAAAUAUCUGAAGGAAUCACUAGCCAGUGUGGUUCUUUUACAUAUGUACAACUGUUUUGCCAGGCACAUGAGCACUAGAUGACAAUUGACCAUGAAAACUGACAAUGUUUCCAAUAUCUUUUCCUUUGGAAGAUAUUAUUUGUCAAGGCUUGCAAUUAGAAAUCAGUGAUUGAUGGUCCACAAAGAUAUUGGUCAACCAUCCCUAAUGAAAAGGUUAUACAAUACCAAAGAAAUGAAAAAAGGGUCAAGAUUGCACCCAGCCAUCUAAAACUGCAGCUUAAAAUAGAUUUCCUGAUUAAUUUUUAUUCUUUCAGGUCAAUCCAUCAACCAAACUCCACUUACUCCUCCACCAUCUUAUGAUGUGUCAGAGUUACCACCACCAUACUCUCCACAGGAAUUAGAAACUGAGUAAGAGAUGGAGAGACAGGGAAAGGGAUGGAUACUGGAUAGUCACUGGUGUCAUCCCAAUUGGUUACAUAUUAAAUUUCUUGUUUGUUUUUAUUAUUUAUGUACAUUCUGCUUAUAAAAGGUUCUAUUGCUGAUUUUAAUCAUUUACUACCAUUUGGUUUGAAAUAACAAGGCUAAAAUUCAAAGUGCUUGAUAUUAUUUCUUAAACAUUUAACCUCCAUGAGUUAUGAAGACAGAAUUCCUCCUUACAAUUUAUUAUAAUGUCAAGGAGACAGAUGCUGAGAAUAAAGAGAAAAAGCACUGAUAUACUAGUUGAUCCAAUACCAAAUUCUCUGAACUAACAUCAUUAGAAUUGUAUGCCAGACAGUAAGGAGUCUUGGGAGUGAAUGGCACAAUGAACCAAAUUUAUCCUUGAAUGUAUAUGCACUUUGAUACAAUUAUUAAUUCUUACAUAACAGCCUUAAUUGAUUUGAAAAGAAUAGAAAUAAGUACACCCAUAAUUUAAAUUAGGAUUUGAUGAUUUUUAACAGGUAAGAAAAGUUUAGCUGGGGAACAAAGGUUAAUUUUAUGGUUAAUUUUAUGUUACAAAUGCACCAUAAAUAUAUAUUAGACUAGAUUUACAUUUUAGUAGGUUACUUUAGACACAUAUCUCAUUUAAAUAUGUAAAUUUAUGCAGGAUGCCAAUUGUGAAAGCAAUCUGAGUGCAAGCUCUGGCUGAGUUUAGCUGUUCUGUAGCUGAGGCAAGACCCAGUUAAUGUCUCUUUGUUUCUUUAAUCAUCAAAAUUAUAUAUCUCAGUAUCAUGAAACAAAAAAAUGCUGAGAAGGAAUUUGUCAGAGGGCUUUCAGAAGUGAGACCCUCAUUAAUUACACUGUUUCACAGAGUUGGACAUGUUUUUAAAACAGUAAUAUGAAUUGCUGAUUGGCUAAAACAAGGUGUUUUCCAGGCAAGGGAAACUGUUGUCAAUUACCUAUAGAAUUUCUUGUGACAAAUUUGGAAUACAAUCCAGUGAUCUGAAAAGAACUUAUAAUGUAAAAGUACAGAAACAUUUUUUUUCAGUUUUUAUUAGGAACUAUCUUUAGAAUUGGUCAGUUUUUACUUCUGAUAUAGCUAUUGAUAAUAAGUUAGUUUACAGUCAUUCAUGCUAACGAUGAAUACUAAAUUAUAGAACCUAUGGUGACUCCUGCAGUCCCUCUCGUGUGUGGCUCACUCAGCUACAAUGUGCAGUUUACUUUCGUUAAUACUUGUUUUUUGUGUUCAUCUCAGCAAUGAUUAUCUUAAAAAUAGUCGCACAGUCUGUAUGCCCAGUAGCUUGACUGGAAAAUACUACUACUUUUUAAAAGUAAAAGUAAGUUAAAGUUUCUAAAACGUUAACUUUGAAGAUGUUUACAUAUUUUUUGACUGUACAUAUGCUUGUAUCAUUCACUGUCAUUUAUUAGUAUUAAAAGCAAGUUGUUCAACAAAAGAUGUCACAAAAGUCUCGAGUCAAUGGUUGCUUGGCAGAGUUUUUCCCAAUAAUAACCUCUUAAAACUAUUUUUUGGCCUUUUUUUUCCAUUAAAGACACCCUUAAACUGACAGGUGC